ACUGCCAUAGAUGGCUCGAGAGUCAAAGCUUCGUUUUUCUUGGGCUAACGGUGAAGAACUUAAUCAAUGGAUUGACUCUUUGGGGCGGUGGUGUUUGGUUACACCUCAUCUCUGAAUAUUCUACAGCAGUAGGCUUCUUGCUAUGUUUGACAUUAUGCCAAGCAAAAGCUUUGGGGCCCAGUCAGCCAGUGUGUGAGCUGCACCCGCCAAAGAGGGACGUCUGGUCCGGUCCAGUCCAGACGUCUGAUUGCUUCCAGAUGACAAUCGGAGUUGGUGCGACCCGAGACGAGACGGUGGACGACCAUACGGCGGAGGACGCGUGAGCAGAUGCUUCCCGAUGGCCUCCGAUGUGCUCGUGGCGGUUUUACUCUUAUGCACCCUGGCGUCCACUCAACGCCCUCGCUCAGCUUUGUACACAGCGGCAUUGCAGCCAAAGCAGGGUGCACCCUGGCUUCUGAAUCCUUCCUUCCAGCAAUCCGCGCAAGAUGUGGAGCUCCUCUUUGAGAUUUUGUUGUCCGGAAUGGAAAUCCGAGGCCAAGAGCCACUCGUCAUCCCCGAUCCGGAGCUGGCGUCCCUCCGUGGCGCUCGCGCACUGGAGCUCAUCUGCGAUGACGUCCUCCCCAAGAGCCUUCCGGACGUCCUGCGUCUGUCCGCCCGGCUGGACGGACGCCGCCGCCCUCUGAGUGCGCCCGACUUUGAGAGGACCGUGCUGACGCUGGUCUAUGCCGCCCAGACCGCAGCAGCGGCGUCAGAUGGCACGGAGAGGCGUCGGGCCUGGGCCCGGUCCCUCGUCCGCCUCUUCGAGGCCAUUCGGAAGGACCUGGACUUCUAAGGGUGUGGUUUUUAUUUAGUUUGUCACUACAGUGGAUAUUGAAAAGCUGCUUUCUUCUACGGUGGAUAUGUCAGUCAUGUGAUAUUGUAAAAUGUAAUGUUAGAUAGUUCCAAAUAUUUCCACAUUCUUCAUUGUUUUAUUGAGUGCAGCGAUGUGGCGCAGCGCGCCAACUCAGCAAAGAGUGAUUAGGACGGAAAUGAAAAGAGAAGAGAGGAAUUUCCUAUCUUUCUUUGACAAGGAUUAUUUUGAAUAUUUGAGCAAUAUUCAUGGAGCGUGAAUGAUAAUACAUGAACAUGUAAUCAUUGACUGGAAGGUAGCGUCUCAACUAUUUGUGAAAAUCUGCGCUUUAUACAUAUUUUUACAGUGUAGCGUGAUGCUAUUCAUACUUGUGGGAUGUUUUAUCAAAUAUUAAAGUCAACAAUCACACUC